AAAAUUAUUUUAUUUAUGUGUAUCAACUGAAAAUUUAUCCGAAUCGAAACACAACGUAGUGAAGUGUAAUAACAUACAAGAACUGCCAAGAACUAACAGUCUGAGUCAAGUCUCAGUGCAGGUCUGGGCCUACUUUGGUGUACUGAGGGGAUACUUGUUCAUAUUAACAGUUCUGAUUUCUACAAUUUCUGAUCAGUUCUAGUGAUCUCACAUUGGUUGGUCUGUUUAUCACCCUUUCCUUCGUCUGAGAAUAAUCUUACAGAUCACUAGACUUUAAAAGAAAAAAAAAACGACUUCAAUUUAAUGUGGGUACCGAAUGCACAGAGUAAGAGCUAUUCUUACACCGUGACCGUGACCGAAACUAAACGCCACUUCCUCAGGAAAUAAAGAUCUAUGAACCUCGUUUAUCAGUGGGGAAAGUGCAGCAUCACAAGCGCUCACUGUAACAGUGACUGUCUUUGGCGCAGGAUGCAGAUUCGACUCAAAAUUGCGUCUCAGUGCUGGUAUAUGUAUGGAUUUUUCAAAACAUCAGUGAGUGACGUAUCUCGUGCUGCGAAGUACUAGCAAGAAUCGGUGAACCCGAUCAGCUCACCUAUUUCUUUUCAUCAAGAAUGAGCGCUGGAGAAAAGAUUAGGUGUUAAUGAAAUGAAGACACGAACGUGGUUUUCAACACGUUCAGUAUUAGGAUAUGUCAUGAAUGCUGAUUCUGCACAAGUAAUGGAAAUAGAAAAACUGAUAAAACAAUACACAUGUGUUACAAGAAACUCUCUGACACCAGAAAUAGCCUUACAUCUUAUUACUCCUUCUUCUUCGUUAUGGACAUCGUCUAUAGAAAACAUACCUUUCAAAGAUCCAUUUUGGGCAUUUUAUUGGCCAGGAGGUCAAGCUCUUACAAGGUACAUACUAGAUAAUCCUGAUCUUGUACGUAGUCAAAGAGUUUUAGAUGUUGGAAGUGGAUGUGGUGCAAGUGCUAUUGCUGCAGCCAUGUCAAAUGCAUGUACAGUCACUGCCAAUGACAUAGAUCCAGUGGCUGGACUUGCUAUCAUGCUGAACUGUGAUUUGAACAAUGUCAGUAUCUCUGUAAAUACAAAAAACAUUAUAGGAACUCCUGAUGAUAUUGCAGAUUGCAUUUUAGUAGGAGACAUGUUAUAUGAUGAAGAAUUUGCCACCAUUCUUUUCAACUGGCUCUACAUGCUCAGAAAGAAAGGGAAACAAAUUUUGGUUGGUGAUCCUGGGAGACUACCUUUUAUCAAAUAUAAAAAUAAAUUUCAGUGUUUAAUUGAGUAUCCAUUGAGAGAUGAUGACUUCACUCCAGGAUUUUCCCAAGUUUCCAUUUGGAAAAUGAAGUAAUGAGAGAAUGAAAAUUAAGUUACUAUUACUUAACACACUUUUUUUACUUGUUUAUAUUGGAGCAGUGACAAUUAAUGAGAGAAGAGAGCUAGCAGCAUGCAUGCUGAAGCAGAGUUUUUCCAAGACCACGGUGCAUCUACACAUGUACUCAAAUAAAUUAAAUAAUUAAUUAUCCAACACAUUAAAAUUGAGGAAAUGAAACAUUUAAUUAUAUCUUAUUUCUUACAUUUUAAUCUUCUGUUUAGAAUGUUCAUCUGAUGGAAGAUGGGAAUAGAUAUUUACAAAAAGAAACAUUAGAAAAAAACGGCUGGUAUAAAGUGAUACCAAAAAUUGUGUAAUAAGAUAUUACUGUUAAUAUGUGUGAUACUAACUGCCACAAGAAUAAAGUCUACAAAUGUAACAAUUUGUAAUUUCUUUUUAAACUUGGAAUAACAAUUCAAAAACCUACAAAUAAUA